CCUAUCGCCGUCUGAUCAUGUCGUGCGUAUGUCCGCUCCGCCCCCUCUUGCCGACCUCUGCUUGACUGACAGUAGCACCGGUAGGAUCACUCAACUGAGUUCAAGACAAUGGAAGUUCCACCAGCAUAUGUAGAUCUUGGCAAGUCAGCCAGAGAUGUGUUCACUAAAGGAUAUGGAUUUGGACUGAUAAAGCUUGAUCUGAAGACAAAGUCUGAAAAUGGAUUGGAAUUUACCAGUUCUGGAUCUGCAAAUAUUGAAACCAGUAAAGUCACUGGAAGUUUGGAAACAAAAUAUAAAUGGGUAGAGCAUGGCUUAACAUUCACCGAAAAAUGGAACACAGACAAUACUUUGGGGACAGAAAUAACCAUUGAAGAUCAGCUUGCCAAAGGGCUAAAGCUUACAUUUGACUCUUCAUUUUCGCCUAACACUGGAAAAAAGAGUGGUAAGAUUAAAACAGGUUAUAAAAGGGAACAUAUCAACAUGGGAUGUGACGUGGACUUUGACAUUGCUGGGCCCUCUGUCCGUGGAGCAGUUGUCUUUGGAUAUGAAGGUUGGCUUGCUGGGUACCAAAUGACAUUUGAAGCUGGUAAAUCCAGGGUGACACAGAGCAAUUUUGCUGUUGGAUACAAGACUGAUGAAUUCCAGCUUCACACAAAUGUGAAUGAUGGGACAGAAUUUGGAGGCUCAAUUUACCAGAAAGUAAACGAGAAGCUGGAAACUGCAGUUAACUUAGCAUGGACAGCUGGAAAUAGUAAUACCCGUUUUGGAAUAGCAGCAAAAUACCAGAUUGACACAGAUGCUUCAUUUUCAGCCAAGGUGAACAACUCAAGCCUCAUUGGACUAGGAUAUACUCAGACUUUAAAGCCAGGAAUUAAAUUAACUUUAUCAGCUCUUCUGGAUGGUAAAAACGUGAAUGCUGGAGGUCAUAAAUUGGGUCUAGGAUUGGAGUUUGAAGCAUAGGAUUACAACCUGCAAAAUCACAAUCUUCCAGUUUUUUUUUUCUUUUUCAAUUAGCUACCUUCACAACCCGAAAUGACCUUGUGUUUAAUUUAUAUGUGUACAAAGUGGGAUACAAGUUGUAUUGUACUGUUAUUGUUACUGAUGAGCCUCACUAUGUUGAAGGACAACUGAACCUGAAAGCAUCCACUUAAUCAUGAAAUACAAUAAAUUAUUGAAAAGAUGAUAGGCACAUUGCAUUUAUGCCAAACAUACAAGAAAAAUGCUUUAUUUUGAAUGGACUUUUUCAUUAUUCUACCUUCUAAGAUCAUACUGUUUUCUUUCUGUGCCCAAAUUAUGUUACUGAGAUUCAAAUCUGAUUUGGAUAUAUUAUGAAAAUGUGUUUUCAAAAAGUGUAAUGGCUGUAUUUUAUCCACUGCGUGGAACAGAUGCACAUUAUUAUAUUCAGUGUUUAUUUUUUGUAUGUGCUCAAAAAGUACAGCUGUGUUAGUUCCCUUUCUUCCAUGAAGGUAUUGUACUACUUUCCACAGUAUUGUCAAUCCCACCUUGGCAAAACUCUACAGAAGGAAUAGGAAACUUAAAUUAUACACUAAGAAUAGGUUUAGUUGUCCUUAAUAUUAUGCAACUGUAGUUCUAACAAGCACUAAAUUGUAUGCUGUAUACAUUUAAUGCAUUACUAGUAAUUGUGUGCAAUAUUUUUGUGUGAAUAUUGUCAGGUAUGAGUUUCUUAAAGCCAUCACUGUCAUUUAAAGAGAAUCAUUAGUACUUUUCCCUGAGUAUUGAAGGAAAAUGUUGUCUCAACAAUGCAGAGGGAACCUCCUUUGUAAAUGGAAUCCUUUGAUAAUCAACCUAUUAAAAAUUAUUAAACGAAUUUUAGUCUUCCCUUUUUGGUGUUUAAAUUAGAUAUAACCCAUUGUAUUUCACAGUACUCCAAAAACCUGAAAAAUAAAUUAACAUUUUGUUUGCCA